AUGGCCGGCGCCGUGCACGUGCUGGACGACUACUACCUCGCCAUCACCCUCCUCAUCACCGUCGCCUACCAGCUCUUUUUCUUCUCCAUAGCCUACUCGCUCAAGUUCGACAAGCUCACCGACUUCGCCGGCGGCACCAAUUUCGUCCUCCUCGCCAUCAUCACCCUCGCCUUCAGCGGCGACCGUGACCAUGCCCGCCAGAUUGUCUGCUCCGUCUUCAUCAUGCUGUGGGGGGCUCGCCUCUCCGGCUUCCUGCUCUUCCGCAUCCUGAAAACCGGCAAGGACGACCGCUUCGACGACAAGCGGGACAAAUUCUUCCCCUUCCUGGGUUUCUGGGUUUUCCAGAUGCUCUGGGUCUGGACCGUCUCCCUCCCCGUCACCAUCCUCAACUCGCCCGCCGUGACGCGCUACCCGCAGCCCGCCUUCGGCACCACGGGCUGCGACGUCGCCGGCGUCAUCCUCUUCGCCCUCGGCUUCGUCAUGGAGUCCGUCUCGGACGUGCAGAAGUACCGCUUCAAGGCGUGUCACGGCCGCGAGCCCGGCUCGCCCGUCUGCGACGUCGGCUUCUUCCGCUACACGCGGCACCCCAACUACUUCGGCGAGAUGCUCGUGCAGUUCUCCAUCUUCACCGUCGCAGUCGCGCCGGCUGCGAGUGGUUACGUGCACGGUGGCGCCCGCAAGGCGCUGUAUGCGUCGAUCCUUGGCGCGUGCUUUCUGACGACGCUGUUGAUGUUCGUGUCGGGGUUGACGCUGCAGGAGAGGCCGGGUGCGAAGAAGCGGUAUGAGAAGGGCGAUCGGUGGGAUGAGUAUAAGCGGUAUUUGGACCGCACGAGCAUCUUGUUUCCGUUUCCGCCGACGUUUUAUGAGAAGAUGCCGACCUUCCCAAAGCGCACUAUCUUUCUGGAGUUCCCUAUUUACGUUUUCGAUCCGGCGAAGCAUUCGGAUGUCAAAAAGCCGGGUGGUGGUGCCGAGAGGGAGUCGGAGGGUGACGGCGAGAGGGCGGCCAGGAGGAGUGACGAGGAGGCGCUGCAUGGCAACUGA